AUGGAAAGACGAAGGGCUUUGUUACGAUGGGCAAAAGCCCAAGGUAUUCGCAAAAAUGGAAUAAGCUUCGUGGAAAUCCCCGGCCGAGGCAAUGGAAUGGUAGCUCAGCGUCGACUUAAGGAAGGACAGACAAUCCUCGUUGUCCCCCCCGAAGCCAUCCACAGCUUACAUUCCAUCCCCAGAACUAUAUUGCAAAGACUUCCUCGCGACAUCUCCAUACAUGCUUUACUCGCGGCAGAGCUGGCGCUUGACACAUCAGAAGACUUGGAACCAUGGAGAUCCAUGCUCCCGACACUGUCCGAUUUCAAGCAUGCAUUACCUUUCAUGUGGCACGAGGAGCUCCAUGCCAUGCUCCCACGGCCAGCCAAACACAUUAUCCGUCAACAACAGGCCAGGUUUGCCAGAGAUUGGGGGUUAAUAUCGACGGCAUUUCCGAAGAUGUCACUCGAAGAGUUCUUAUACACUUGGUUCAUCGUCAACACUCGGGCAUUUUACUACGUCACCGAGCAAAUGGAAGCAUAUCCUCCGGAUGAUAGGUUGGCUUUGGUUCCAUUACAAGACUUCUUCAACCACGCAGACGACGGAUGCCGAGUUUCAUUCUCCCCUGGCGGUUGCUACGAAGUCCGUACUAAUCGCACGUACCGCGCGGGCGAAGAAAUUUAUCUAUCUUACGGCGACCAUUCGAACGAUUUUCUCUUGGCCGAGUACGGGUUCGUGAUGGAAGAAAACCGGUGGGAUCAAGCAUGUCUUGAGGAUGUGAUUCUGCCGAAGUUAAAUGCAGCGCAAAAAGCACAGCUCGAGAGCAGAUGUUAUCUCGGCCCAUUCACAAUAAAGUUAGACGCAGACAAUUUAGUUUGCCAUAAAACUCGGGUUGCGCUUGGGCUGCUUUGUUGCACACCGGAGGAAUCCCAUACAAUACUCGAAACGACCGGAGAGUGUGGCCAAGUCUCUCAGCACAAAGUUGAUAAGCUACUAGCGCAGCUUCUCCACGAACUAUGGGAAAAGGCCGAGGAGACGAUUGCGGCCGUUGGGGAAACAUCCGUUGGCCAGAGUGAGCAACGGGAACUCAUCAUUGGAAGGUGGAAACAGAUCCAGGCAACGGUUAUGAAGGCGAUUAAUCGCCUAGAGCCGUCGGUCUCGGUAACGGAAUAG